AAAAAAGUUUGAGUAUGGCGGACGAUAUUAUUUUUCUUGGAUAUUUUGUCUAUCUUUGCACGUAUACUGGAUGAAAUCACUAUAUGCGUCUCCACUUUAGCAGUUCUGGUGUCAUGAAGUAAACAACAUCAGACUCACUCAUUCUACCAUUCAACAUGAGUAAACAAACAGAAGGACGUGAUGUUAGUGGAUCAUUCCGCUAUGGCUCAAGCAGAAAGAUGGAGCUCACAUUGCGGAAGGAACUCGAUGAUUUAACCAAGAAAUCAAUGUUGGAAAUUGCUGAAAUGAAAGCAAAACAAAUAAUGGAACAGAGGACAGAUGCUGAGGAAACUACAAGGAAAUUGAGCCCAGAAUUCAAGCAUCAAAAAGCUCGCAAGAAACUGAAGUCUCAGCCAAUGUUUCAUCCAGAAUUACAAGACAGAUUACCAAGUCCCCCUGCCAAACCAAUACCCAAUGUUCCCCCUUACAACCCACUUGACAAGGGUGAAGCGAGAGUUGUCUCAGCAAAGAAAACUAGAUCCUACCCAUAUACAAAACCUGAAGUAGUGACGACUACAGACUUGAAAAAACCUAAGGUGUCUAGUGUUGGUGUGGUUCCCUCCCGUAAUACAGAUGAAGUACAGGGUUUACAUGUUGUAAUGAAGGGGCGAUCUGCCAUUGGUAUAGAUGAUCAGACCAUUGAUAUGGUAAAUCAGGCUAAUAAAGAUAAAACCAGACCCACUCCCAGAGGCCCCAUACUGGGUAGACCUACUGAAGAAGCAGUGGAUUCUGGGCCUAAACCUGCUUUGCUGGUAGAGACUGGAUCUGUAGUUUCAGCUCCCUUUGGUGUGCGUGCCAAACCACAAGCUAGGCCAAUAACAGAGCUCACAACACGUACAAAGAAAAGGCCAAGAGCAAUGCCAGAUGAUCGUGUAUUUAGACAGUAUGAUGAUGUCAUAGCAGAUAUAGAUGAAGAUGGGAGAAACUUAAAUGAUUGGAGAAAUCAGGAUGAAGUUCGUAGCCAGGCCUCCAGUACUACUUCGGUGAAAUCAGCCAAAGAACUGCUAGAAGAGGCAAAGGGUCUCACUGCUGCAGGGGCAGAUAAGAUCUAUAUGAGACACAGUAAAGCCAAUCUUUCCCCACCAGGCAGGAAAAACAAUCAAAGCUUAAAUGCAUUGCAUCCAAAAGGUAGCAAGAGUAGCAAAAGUCGACAUGAUGAUUCCAUCCAGCGUGAGAAAUCUGAUGUCAGAUCUGUGGAUGAGAUCAUUAUGGCUUUAAAGGUCCAAUCAAGAGAGGGAACGGUAUCUGAAGCAGAUAGGAAGAUCCAAGAGAUCAUGUCCAGAGUGAUGUCCAGUGCAAGUGCUGUGCUCAGUGACAUAGGGAACCGUCAAGUAUCUGACCUCGAAAGUGUCAAUGAAGAGGGCCCAAGACCAACCGAGAACCUGGCACAAAUGGAACAAGUCAAAGAAAAACUAGAAGAGGUUCAAAAUGAUGAAAAGACUGACAUUGAUGAUAAUAUAAUAGAGAAACAGAAUCAAUCAGAGGAGAAAGUGCCCAUACCAGAAAUCAUCAUAGACAAUGCUACUGUAGCAUCAACAAAUGAAAAGCCCUCAGAGAAACAUGUCAGAAUAGAGGCCCCUGGUGAUGACACUAAACGAAGAAGGUCUAGUGUUACCGAUGCCAAAAAUCUUUCCAAGGUUAUCACCUCUGAUCUCAAAGAGGUCCCGGAAAUUGAUCAAAGUGGAAUAAAAAUGAAAAUUGACACUGAUACUGGACAGAUGAUGAUUGAGCCUAGAGUGGGGGAGGACUUUACUUUUACUGAUACACCCUCCCCUCCUGGCACACCUCAGGUUGAUCAAGAACAGGCGCUGCAUGACCUCCAUCAACCAAAACAUGUGACUUAUGAAGAUAUAGUUAGUAUACAAGCCAAAACAGCAGCAUUAUUUGACAGACCUAAGUUUAAAGUGACAGCCACUGGAAAAAUCGCAAAGCCAUUUGUACAUGAGAAUGUAGCCUCUUUUCUGUCGGCAUGGAAACCAACUAGAAAAUAUGAGUUACAUGAGAAGAAAGUAGGCCCAGAUUUGGAGAGGAAUAUUCAUCAUUUCUGUAUGACCAAUGAGGAUAUCCAACUCCCAAAGGAACUACGAGGGACCAUGAGGCGUAAUUUGGUGGCAGGGAGAUACCAGAACAUGAAUGAACAACCAGAAGAGAAUGAUGACAUUGUUUGGUUUCACCCAACAACCCCCACCUCUCCUACUAGACUCAACACAGCAGAUGCUUUGGUUGAACAGGAGGAAGAGAGAUCCCAUCAGAGACAGCGAAUGUCUGCAGCUGCCAAACGAAUCCUUGAUAAUGCAAAGAUGGAAGCACCCUCUGGUGGCCAAGGAGAUGAUGAAACGCUUGAGGCGUGGCAGGCAAGAGCUCAACAAUUGUUUGAUGCACCAGACAUUAGCAUUGAGGGAGAAAAGAUGGAUGUUAAGUGGGAUGAGUCGAGGAUGUACUGGAACCCUGCUCCUCCUAAAAUGGACAUUGCCCCAGCCAGAGUAAAGGAUCAUCUGUUCAGUGAUUACCAUGGUGCAGCUUUAGCAAUGGAGACUGCUGCAACUACAGGCUUCCUAGGUGAUGAUGAAGAGACUAUUGCUGAAGAGGAGGAGAGUGUAUAUGAAUAUGCUGAUCCUGAGGAGAUGGCCAUGAAAGAAAGGGUUCUCCAAAGGAGGUACCAUUCCUCCAGGGACCUCAGCAACCUUGAGAAGAGCAAGAUACAAAGAGAGAAAGAUAUUGAAGAAGGAAAGUUAGAUGAAUUUGGUGAACCAAUCAAGAAAGAGAAUACAAAUGAACCUGCUCAAGAAGAGAGGGCUGAUCCAGUAAGCAAGAAAGCUUUGUCAUUCGUUGAGAUGCGUCGUACAUACUCAAUGGCACAAUCAGCUAUUGAUUUAAUGAAGAAGAAGAAAGAGGAAAAGAGAGAGAUGACAGAUCAGGAAAUAUUUCCUGUAUUUGUCAAGGAGAGGCGGAGUCAGUCUUGUCCAAAUCUGCUUGGAGAGUUUGAGGAGUUUGUAAUGAUUCCACAGGAUUUUAACACUGCUAUGGAGGAGGUGAAGAGGCACAAAGAGAUGUUGCAGAAAGUGACAACUGAGAAAAAAUUAACUCCUUUUGUCAAACCUCAAGUUACAAUUGCUGAACAGAUCAAAGACAACGAAGAACAGUUCAACCAGUUUGCCAUGGUGUCCCAAAAGAAAGAUGAGAAAACUCCUGCAGAGCUGGCUCUGGAGGCUGGAAGAAAUUAUGUGUUAUUACCAAAGAACAAAAAAUCAAAAGUUGAUAAAAAGAAAAAGAGGAAGGUAACUGAUAUGGCAAGACUGGAGCAGAUUGAGAGGUUUCUAAAGAUACCAGCAAGACCCUUACAGCGUUCUAUGUCUCUGCCUAGAGUUAGAGGUCCAAUAGAAUAUGAGCUCAGGGUACCACCACAAGUCAGAAGAAGGGAGAGAGGUAGUGUCCCUGACAUCUUCAAUUUCUCAAAGUAUGCCAUGGAAAAGGGAGCAAAGGAAGGUGUCGACAUGAGAGAAUGGACACGUGAUAUAUGGAAUGAAUGGUUUGAUCUAGUUUUCCCAGAAAACCCACUGGAGGCCAUUAAGAAACAAGAAGAGGAAGACAAACUGGCCAAAUUUCUCAAAUUAUCUGGUCAAACUAAGAAAGUGGAAAAAGUGCCUGAGACACCUGCAUCUACUAUUGUAUCACUUAAAGACUUUAAUCUUGAGGACCAAACUGAACUUGAUGACACACCAGAAGGUCGUCAGAUAAUGGAGAUUCUGCUUGAGGAGAUACAGAGGCUUUCUGCAUUGAUAGAAUCAUCUGACAAUCCACGACCUUUUGACCUCAGCAGACGGGGUGCCAUCUAUAGAAAGCUUGGUUUACUGAAAAAGUCACAGAUUGACCUUGACCUUGCUAUAGACAUGGAACCCUUACUUAUAGAUGCAUAUUGGCACAGACACAUGCUGUAUAUAUUACAAAACAAUGAUGACAAAGCAUUGGAAGACCUCCAGAUGAUACUAAAACAUCAUAAAACACACUCAGGAGCAUAUAGAUCAAGAGCUGAGAUCUACAAAAGAAGGGGUGAUAUUAUGAUGGCAAUUAUCAAUUACUCUCAAGCUUUGAAGUUCAACCCAGAGGAUUAUGAAUCUUACUAUUGUAGAGCAGAAAUGUAUGAAGAGAAUGGAGAUAUGCUACUAGCACUAGAAGACUAUGCUGAGGCCACAAAACUGAUGCCAAGUAAAACUGAUGCUAUUUUGAAACAUGGACUUCAUUAUUUCAACAAUAAGAGCUGGCAAAUGGCCAUCAAUGACUUCACUCAGUUGUUGAAGCAGGAACCUAACAAUAGUGAGGGUAGGACAUAUAGAGGGCGUGCUUAUGCAAAGAUUGGAGAAUGGAAUGCAGCCAUUGAGGACCUGUCUGCUGCCAUACAUCUGGACCCCAACAACUGGCUGGCUUUCUACCAUAGAGGAUGUCUGUUGAGAAAAUUGAAUCAAAAGAAAGCCUUGCAAGAUUUAAGUCAGUCUAUUCUAGCCAAUGAAAGUGAAGAAAAUCAGAUGGCGUUUCUGCAUCGUGGGAUAUUGUACGUUGAAAUGAAUCGUUAUGAUGAAGCUAUACCUGAUUUUGAGGCUGUGUUGAGGUUGAACAACCAAGUGUCUCUGGCACAUCUCAACCUAGGGCUGAUUUACCUGCAGUAUAAAGAUGAUUACCAAAGGGCCAUACGUAAGUUCACGUCUGCUAUCAAGGUCACUCCCACAUUUGUCAGGGCGUAUAUAUGUAGGGCAGAGGCAUAUCACAAAAUACAUGACAUUCCUAAUGCUCUGCUGGAUUACACCAGGGCAAUACAUCUGCGUCCUGAUGUUCACCAUUACUACAUGAUGCGGGGUCAAAUGGUGUUGAAGUUGGGCAAUCUUGAAUUAGCAGCAUUCUGUAUAAGACAUGCAUCAGAAUUAGGAGAAGGUUUGGGUCAAAGUCCAACACAGCAAGCUAUUGUACAAUCUUUCCUGAAAAACUAUGGCAAGGCAAUAGAAAUCCUGUCCAAGGCCACCAGAGUGAAACCAAUCCCGCCAUUGUUUACACUCCUUGGCAAAAUGCAGAUGAAAAACAAGGAGUUUGAAGGUGCAGUGGAAAGCUUUAAUAAAGCUCUUGAUUUGCUGAAACCAUGGCAAGAUCGAGACUCCUGGCCAUUUGAGGCUGCUGAGGUGAAUUACUUGAAGGGGGUGUCUCAAAUGGAGAUGAGGCAAUACAAUGAGGCACACGAUGCUUUCAACAUGGCAUUGAAAAUUGAUGACAAAUAUGCAGAGGCAUACUACCAGAGAGGGUUGUCCAGAAUGAGGCUUAAGCAGGCCAAAGGAAUCCAAGAUUUCAACCGUGCCCUUGCACUUGACCCCAAGAUAUUCCAGGCUUACCUCAGCAGGGCAGCUUAUUAUGGUCUCAGAGGGCAAUACAGCAAGGCUAUCCUCAAUUGUAACGAGGCCAUUAAGUUACAACCGAAAAGUGUUAGGGCUUAUUUGUAUAGAGGUGCUCUGAAGUUCCACAUCAAGGCAUAUAUGCUUGCUAUAAGAGAUCUGACAGAGGCAACUAAAAUAGACAACCAGUGUUCACUCGCCUACUUCAACAGGGCUGUGUGCUAUCAUGAAAGCAAGGAUUAUGCAAAGGCCUUGAAUGAUUAUGGAAUUGUUCUCCUGAUUGGCGACCAGCUCCUGCUAAAGGACAGAAAUGCUUGUGACAAGGUAUUGGUAAAUAGAGGUCUGUUGUACUUUGACAGAAAGGAUUAUAAGAAUGCCCUUCAUGACUUCUUACUAGCUGCUAAAGUCUGUCCCUGGGACCAGAAGAUACACCAUACCCUAGCUCUAUGUUACCACAAGCUUAAUCGUCUUGAAGAUGCAGUGAAGUCAUUCACAAAGGCCAUUGAGCUGGACAUGUUCUUCUUGGAUGCCUACAUAGGACGUGGAAAUGUCUUCAUGGACUACGGCCACACUUUUGGACACAUGUUUGCUAAAAAUGACUAUCAGAGAACCUUAAAAUUAGAUCCCACAUGUCUCCAGGCCAGAGUUAACCUGGCGUACAAUCUACAGGUUACUGGGAAAUUCCAGUUGGCAUGGCAACAGUUUACAUUGGCCAUUGAGAUUAAUCCAAAAUUCAAACCUGCUCUUGAGGGUAGAGCAAUAGUGAACCUCCAAAUGUCAGAUACAUUUGCAGCAUACCAAGACAUCAAUACCUCUGUGAAUAUAUCUCCAACUGCAGAAUUGCUGACAAACAGGGGAGUCAUACACCAGUACAUGAAUGAUAGAGCCAAUGCAAUGCGGGAUUACCAGUCUGCUAUAAAAUUAGACGCCACUUAUUCUCUAGCUUACUUCAAUUCUGCAAAUGUCUACUUUGCAAUGAGGCAGUUCAAACAGGCAAAGGUCUAUUAUGACAAAGCCAUACAGUUUGGUGAUCGUGACGAGUCUGCAUAUCUAAAUCGUGCAAUCACCAAUGUAAUGCUACGUGACUCUAAUGCUGCUAUAGAAGACUUCCAACAAGCAAUCAAACUUAGCCCUCAUUCAGCCCAUAUGUACUUCAACAGAGCAAAUCUCUAUUCAAUGAUGAAACAGUAUGACUUGGCUGAAAAAGAUUACACUAAAGCUCUUGAGCUCCAGCCUGAUGAUGCGCUUGUCUAUAAGAGACGUGCUGAUGUUCGGGGAAAACAAGGAAUAAAAGAUGGCGCCAUAAGUGACUAUAAAAGAGCAAUUGAGAUACAAAGUAUGAACAGAUAGCAAAACUCAAAAUUACUGUUGAAAACCAAAGAAACUACAGAUCAGUGAAUGUAUUACAUGAAUAGUAUUAUGAACAUUUUUAAGGCAGCAAAUUGAAUAUUCCGUCCAUAUGAAGAAACAGUGUGAUAUUGACAUAAAAUGA